AUGCACAAACUUGGUUUCUGGUAUCAAUGUUAUCAAAAAGGUGCAUAUAUUGAUGGUCAUAAAUGCCCAAAUGUUGUCAAAUAUCGUCAAAAAUUUCUUGAAGUGGUUAGCCAACUCGAGCAAUUAAUGUCUAAAUGGGUUGACCCUGAAUGCAAAAUUAGAACAUUUCUAGAUUUAAACAAUAGUAAAAAAGAGCAUAUAUGGAUGACUCAUAAUGAAACUACUUUUUAUAUUUAUGAUAGGCUACAUUCUAUGUGGGGUCCAGAAAAAGAGCAACUAUUACAAAAAAAGGGUUUGGGUUCUGCUGUGCAUGUAAGUGAUUUUUUGACAGAAACUAUAAGGCCAUUUAAAGAUGAACAAGAAGAAGCACAUUUAAUGAUGGUUUUGGAUACCAACCAAGAUGGCUAUUGGGAUUCUAAAAAACUAUUAGAACAAGUUGCUUUUGCUGAAGAUGCCCUUGUUGCUUCCAAGAUGAACCUUGGCCCAGUCGGAUCAGUUCUGAAAAUGCAGGAUAUAAUGCAACCCAAAGGAAUUCAAUGGGUUCUAAGUAAUAGAGGGUUAUGGAAAGAUAACUUUCUUGAACAGUGUGGUCAGAUUCAACAAGAAAUUGAAUCUUGUAGACAUAAAGUUUUAUUUUAUCCUAAAUUUCAUCCAGAGUUCAACUAUAUUGAAAUAAAAACAAUUUGUGAAGCUUUCGAUUCUAUUUCUGUUAAGCAAAUUCACUAUUUUGCAAGGCUUUCAUAUAGAUGGAUGGAUGUUUAUCAUUAUGGAUUAACAGAAAAAGUGGCUGAAUAUGCUGUUAAAAAAAGUAGAAAACAUAGAACGAUUAAUGAAGAAAUUAUGAAUUGGGUUAGUGAGUUCUUAAAAUAA